AUGGCCUCGGUGACUUCUCUUUAUGUCGGACUCCUGGUUGUCUUCGUUGGUCAUGAGCCGGCUUUAGCGUUUAUUCCUAUUAUAUUUGAAAAUCUGUCUCGCUAUUUCUUUCUCUAUCUAUCUAUCUAUCUAUCUAUCUAUCUAUCUAUCUAUCUUAUAUAUAUGUUUACAGUUGCAGUUCUUAUCUUUAUUUCUCUUUCUUUUUCCUCUUUUAGAAGUUUCCAAAUGCUUCCAAAAUUACUUAUUCAUCUACGCCACUUUUCCCUAUUCUUCAAUCUCUCUCCAAACCUCUAUCGUUAUUCUGCUGCAGUAGGUGAAACACUGCCUCCUGCCAGGCCCCUACUGCAUCCUUGGUGUUCCAUUCCAAUGCGUAUUUGCAAGUCGACGAACCGUCAAUGUCGAACCACAUCCCUUUCUUUUUCCUCACUUCCAUCUGCAGUUUCCCUUUUUCCCACCCCUUUGUUUAAUAAACUAGCUUAUCUCCAUAAAAAUAUUUUUCUUUUACCGCCAUCCACCACGUUUCUCUACGUUGCCUUCAAUGCCAUCAACACCAUUUCUUUUCCCCACUCCUACUUCUUCCUUUCAUCACUCUCCCUCGCUACUCCACGCUAUCGCUCCCUUGUCCUUCAUUCUCCUCUCUUUUUACUCGGUCUUUUACGGUCCAAUAACAUUGGUUCCACUUUGUUAUCUGGGAAAUGUCGGAUUCACCGUUCACACUUGGCUGAAAUUGAUUACACUGUACUCCCCACCGCCACCCGUCACAAAUUUUCCUUUCUUUCUUUCUUUCUUUCUUUCUUUCUUUCUUUCUUUCUCUUUUCAUUUUCCCUAAUUUCCUUCCUUAGCAUUCAGUCUUUUUUCAUUCAUCUUUCAUUUUUCUUUUCUCUAUUCUUUUUAUUGUUUUUCAUACAUCUUUUUAUCUUCUUUUUCUUUCUUUCUUUAUUUCUUUCUCUCCCCACCCUUGUCUUUUGCUUUUCGUGUUUUCUUUUUUUAAAUUUUUUUCUUUAUUUCGUUUCUGCUUUUAUCUUUCUUUCGGUCUAUCAACUCAUGUAUUUUUCUUUCUUUCCUUCUUCCUUUCUUCUUUCCUUCCUUUCUUUUAUUCAUUUCCUACUUUGUCUUUUGCUUUUCGCGUUUUCUUCUUUUUAA